CUCAUAACAUGAGAAUCUAUCCAUCAAAGAACCAACGAAAAAGACUAACAGUAACAGAAGCUUUUGAUACUUACUAUGUCUCCAAAGGAACUGAGAAAGUCCUAGUGAAGUAUCGAAAAUCUGCUAAAAUUGAUCAUACCAAUGGAAUUGAGUCUGAAAAGGAUAAUUGUAAGGCAUGUAAUAAUCAUCAAAAGACAAAUGACCUUGAAGAAACAUUUCGAGUUGCUCAUUGUUCUGAACUGGAAAGUGCCAAUGAUGAUCUUAAGCCCAAGUUCAAUAAUGAGGUUUAUGAACAUAACGAUGCGAAUAAUAAUGACUUGGGAAGAACAUGUCAAAAUAAUAAUGAGGUCCAUGAAGAUAACAAGAUUGAUAUUGUCAAGCAUGAAGAUAUGACUAAUAACAAUCUUGAAAAACCUAAAAACGCCAAUGACAACGAGACUUGGUACCCUUGCAACAAUGAAAAUCCCAAAGAUUGGCUAGGCCCAAACGAUUGUAAAAAUACUGAAGAGAAAGUUCCAAUGAGCUAUGAAAAAUCUGCUAAAGUAGAUAGUACCAAUAAAAGGCCUAGUAGAAUUUCAAGCGAAUGGUUAAAAGCCAUAUUCAUCAUUUUUAUGCUAAUAACUUUUGGCAUAAUAAAGGCCAUUGAUAUAUAUGCUGUGAACUAG